ACUUCACUCAUGCUAUGAUGUCACAGUCAGAGAAACUCAUCGCUGGUCUUUGCUACCUGUAGUACAGAAAGUCUGGAUUUAAAAACAAAACACUUUGGGAGCAGGUAGAUUUGAAGGAACUUCAUUUUCUAGGAGGACUCUCUUUCUUCUGUUGCAUUGUUCUUCAUCUGUUCCCCUCUGAUCACUGGAGAGAAAGGUGACCCUUGUGGUUUUAUUAUUUUGUGUUUGAUCUGUGCUUCUGAUUGUAGUGGUUUCUCUCCCUGUGGUCAUGACGGCUUCGCACAGUGACUCUCUGGUGGUGUUGUUUGGGGCAACAGCUGGUGCAAAUGGGGCUAAACUGGGUUCGGAUGAGCGGGAAUUAAUUCUCUUGGUGUGGCAAGUUAUGGACCUGCACAGUAAGAAGACCGGGGAAGUGCACCACUCCUUAGUGAAGCCCGACCACUUGGAGCUGACCGAGGAGUGUAGGGAAGCGUUAGGGCUCAGUGUGGAGGAGGUGAGCAAGGCCGAGCCGUUGGAUCGAGUCCUGCAGCAGUUUACCCAGCUAGUUGCCAGUGAUUUGAAGGCAAAUGGAAGCAAGUCCUUUACAAUCUGCACAGAUGGACAAUUACUUAUUCGUCAAGUCCUUCAUCCUGAAGCAUCGAAAAAAAACCUUGUGCUGCCCGACUGUUUUUAUUCAUUUUAUGAUCUGCAUAAAGAAUUUCACAGCUGUUGUCCAGACUCUGCCCCCAUGAAAGAUCUCACCCUUGAGUCUAUGGCAGAAUAUUUUAGCAUGAAGACUGAAAAAGAUCCUAUAUGUGGUGUCUGGGAAGUGACUACUAUGAUGACUCUUAUCUGUGUUCUGCUCUCGGAGCCAUAUGAACAUGAAUUUGCCACCUUAGAAUCUGUAAACCACAAGUAUGAAACUGGCCCAUGUAGUAAAUCGGAAGCUGUGGACAGUGAAACAGUAAUACGUGCCAGAGGUUUGCCAUGGCAGUCCUCCGAUCAAGACAUUGCACGAUUUUUUAAGGGGAUCAAUAUAGCAAAGGGUGGUGUGGCAUUGUGCCUGAAUGCUCAAGGGAGGAGAAAUGGAGAAGCCCUUGUACGAUUCAUCAAUGCUGAGCACAGAGACCUUGCACUAGAUAGGCACAAACACCAUAUGGGCAGCCGGUACAUUGAGGUUUACAAGGCAACAGGGGAAGAGUUUUUAAAAAUAGCAGGAGGUACUUCCAAUGAGGUCGCACAGUUCUUGUCGAAGGAAAAUCAGAUAAUUAUAAGGAUGAGAGGACUGCCUUUCACUGCCACACCUGAAGACGUUUUGACAUUUUUGGGCCCAGAGUGCCCUGUUACAGGCGGGAAGGAAGGACUAUUGUUUGUAAAAUACCCAGACAGCAGGCCCACCGGAGAUGCCUUUGUUUUGUUCGCCUGUGAGGACUAUGCACAAAACGCACUUAAAAAACACAAGGAGAUCUUGGGGAAACGUUACAUUGAACUGUUCAGAAGCACAGCUGCAGAGGUUCAGCAGGUAUUAAAUAGGUAUAUGUCAACACCACUGAUUUCCACCCUCCCUAAUCCUAUAAUCCCAGUGGUGCCUCAGACUUUCUCUCUUGCAGCAGGGGGUGUACGAGACUGUAUCCGACUAAGAGGCCUGCCGUAUACGGCUGGAAUAGAGGACAUCCUUGAGUUCCUGGGAGAUGCUACUGUAGACAUUAAACCACAUGGAGUCCACAUGGUGCUUAAUCAACAGGGGAGGCCCUCAGGUGAUGCUUUUAUCCAGAUGAAGUCAGCAGAUCGUGCCUUUAUAGUGGCCCAGAAGUGCCACAAGAAGAUGAUGAAAGACCGUUAUGUGGAGGUGUUCCAGUGCUCAGGCGAGGAGAUGAGCUUUGUUUUAAUGGGUGGCACUUUAAAUCGUAGUGGCUUAUCCCCACCGCCAUGUAAGUUACCAUGUCUGUCUCCACCAACAUAUGCUGCAUUGCAAGCAGCCACAGCCGUCAUCCCAGCAGACGCUGCAGCAGCACUUUACCAGCCUCAGGCCUUGUUAACGCCAGCGAGAACUGCAGCCAGUCCUGCAGUCGCAGCCCCAGCAGUUGCUUACUACCCAGCCCAAGCAACACAAUUAUAUAUGAACUAUACCGCUUACUACCCAAGGUAUCCUUCUAGUAGCAGUUUGGUUUAG